AGAACAUAAUAAAUUACCAGCACAAAAGAUUUACUUUUCUUGUUUAUUUUAUCUUAUCUCAUCAUCUGAUUAGUGAUUAUUAGUAAUAAAAGCAUCAAAUUGUUCAAGAAGUUAUAAAUAAUUUGAGGAAUUAAAAGAUUUAGUAAAUUAAUCUCUCAAUUUAAUUCUUUAUUGAUUUCAUAAUUUUUAUGUUUGUUUUCAAAGAAGAAAGCAUAAAUCAUGACUUCAAGUGACGAAUUUCUUGAAACUUAUGAAGAAUUUCGUAAAAUUUACCAGGAAUGUUCAAAUUUAAUAGGAAGUGGGAUUGAACUGGAAAUACAAGACGAGAAUAAGGCUUUAGAAAAAUACAAGGAAGCGAUUACUUUAAUUGAUAAAGCAAUGGCAACGUCGAUCUCAAUGCCAUCAAAUGACAAUGUUGAAGAAUCGUCAAAUAUUGAAACGAAAAUGAAGGAUCUGAAGAAAAUGAUUUACAAUUUUAAGAUGCAAAGAUCUGAAAUUCUCCUAAGAAUUGGAACAAUUUAUAGAAAAAAGGAAGAUGAAGUUGAAUCAUUAAAAAGAAAAACUUCUGUAGAAUCUCUUGAGUCAUCAGGUAAUACAUCAAAACGUCGUGCAAGAACAUACGAAGAACUUGAAAAAGUUUUGAAGGAAUUGGGAAAAGUUCAAUCAGCUGAUAAAGAAACCAACAAUCCCAUUGAAAUUCUUUUCUGUUGUAAUGGUGUAAAACUUUAUUAUAUUGAAAGUAAUGGUGAAGUUGUAAGCUCGCUGGAAGACACUGCAUUAAGAAUUGUUAAACUUGGAUGUGACUUCGAUAAAAAUCUCGAUGAAACAAUCUUCCUUCAAUUAAUCAAAACAUCAGACUCGUCGAUUGAUAUUGGUCAUGAAAUUUCUGAAAAUCAACAGACUGAGGAAGAAAUUAACGAAGCUGUUGGAGGAGUAGAAUCUCAUGUAGAUCCAUCAUUCAUCUACCCAUUGAUUCCUGACGUUUCACCAUGCUUUCCACAAAAAACUGGAGAGUUUAUUGAUUACUCAACACCUUACAUUAUUGCCAAAAUGCAAAAAGCGCCAGAAAAUGCCCCACCAGUGUCUGAAAAAGUUCAAACAGGUGUCGUUGUUGCUAAAAGUCUUACUGGAUAUGCAGCUCAAGGAACAUCAUUUGUAGCUGAAAAGGUUGGAUCAGCAAUGACACGAUUUGGCCAAUUUCUUGCUCCGCAUGUUCAACAACAAGGUUCUAAGCUUCUUACAUAUACUGUUGGCAUGGAAGAAUCAAAAGCAACAGAAACGAUGACAGAAACAUUAAAAAUUGCUAGUGGAACUGCUGACGCGAUUUCAACUAUUUAUAAUGGACUGCAAAGUUCAGCAGGUAUUUUAGGACAAAAUCUUGCAGACAAUACAGUUAAAAUCGUUGAACAUAAGUAUGGUCAACCAAUGGGUGCUGUCACUUCAAACACUUUCGAUACUGUCGGAAAUUUAUACAAUGUCAAUCGAAAUUUCAAUAUUAUGACACCAAAAGGUCUUGUUAAAUCAACAGCAAAAAGUGCUGGCAAAGGAAUCUUACAAUCAGACGCAUUCAAACCAAAAGUAUAUCUGAACAAAAAUUAUUUCACGGGUUCAGUCAGUUUAUACCCGAAUUUAGAUAAUUUUGCAAGGGAACUGAACAAACCUAAGUUUGGACAAAUAUAA